ACAUUCUAGAAACUGGCUUGAAUUUGAAAUGAGUUCCCUCCAUAAAUACGUCACGAACCGCAGCGUCUGUGCGCUCUGUUAAUGCGCAACAUCAAAAUGCAACUUGACAAAAUGCCGUCUGAGUCUAAACCUUUGUUGACAGCCCAAACAGAGAAACCAAAUCAUUAUUCGUAUUUGAAGGAAUUUCGUGUGGAGCAGUGCUCCUUGUUCCUGCAACAUAAAUGUACACAACAUAGACCUUUUACUUGUUUUCAUUGGCAUUUUAUGAAUCAGAGGCGACGGAGGCCUGUUAGGAAAAGAGACGGAUCUUUUAACUACAGUGCUGAUAACUACUGCACUAAAUAUGAUGAAACUACUGGAAUUUGCCCGGAUGGAGACGAUUGCCCAUUUCUGCAUAGAACAGCUGGUGAUACUGAAAGAAGAUAUCACUUGAGAUAUUAUAAAACAUGUAUGUGUGUUCAUGAUACUGAUGCUAGGGGUUUUUGUGUCAAAAAUGGACCCCAUUGUGCAUUUGCUCAUGGUAGUCAUGAUUUGCGACCUCCGGUUUAUGAUAUAAAAGAAAUACAGGCAAUUGAAAAUCCUGAUGGUGAAAGUACUCCUAAUGGUCCAAAUGUGUUAGAUAAAGAACGAAAUCUUAUGAAUGAAGAUCCUAAGUGGCAAGAUACUAAAUAUGUUUUAUCAAGUUAUAAAACUGAACAAUGCAAAAGACCACCCAGAUUGUGUAGACAAGGCUAUGCUUGUCCUCAAUAUCACAAUAGUAGAGAUAAAAGGCGAAGUCCUAGGAAAUAUAAAUAUAGAUCAACUCCUUGCCCUAAUGUAAAACAUGGAGAUGAAUGGGGAGAACCAGCUAACUGUGAAAAUGGAGAUAACUGCAGUUAUUGUCAUACUAGAACCGAACAGCAAUUUCAUCCUGAAAUUUAUAAAUCAACUAAGUGUAAUGAUGUGCAGACUGCUGGCUACUGUCCCCGAGGAGUUUUUUGUGCCUUUGCUCAUGUUGAUCAGGAGAUGAGCAUAGCUAGAGAAUUAGCUGCACCACUGGAAUUGGGUACAAGCUUGGCGGAUAUUUUAUCAAAUGCACUUCCUACUGUUCGGAAAAGAAAUAAGAAGAGUAGUGAAUCAUCUAAUGGCAGUGGAGAUAUGUCCGAAUGUGCUUCUACCAGUAGCAUUGGUUCCAACAGUUCUCAUAGUAAAGCCCCUGGAGCACAGCUGUCUCACAAUAGGAUAGAAAAUCAAAUCAACUCCACAUUUAAUCAUACUACGCAGCAUGAUGUAAUCCAUAGGGAUCUUUUAAUGGAUCAGCUCGUUGCCAUUGACAGCAAUCCAAGGUUGGGAGAGGUCGAAAAACGACAAGAAAAACAGAGUCUUUAUCUUAGUACUCUUGGAAUGUCUAGCAACCAAACAACUCAUGGCUCUUCUAUUCUUCCUUUGCACUAUGACAGUCACAGUCUAGAUGUUAUGAGUAAUGCAUUGGAUGAAUUGCAUCUAGAUGAACCAUUAAGUUUGAUUGGAAUGGAUAGAGAUUUUGUCGAAACAGAUUCACCAACGAUCUCUAAUUCUAUUUCUGCAGGACUGGCCAGUUCAGGUAUGCUUGGAAGUAGUGCUCCUGUCAACAUUCCCCGUAGUGGGCAUACCAGUUGUCUCGGAAGUUUCUCGCCAACACGUGCUUCACCAUUACAUCAUUUACAGUCAGGUUUCUUGUCAGCAUCUAGAUUCUCUCAUCCGGAUACCUUAGAGGGGUCUUUGCUAAACCAUGUUGGAAACAAUGUUGGUAAUUCAUCCAGCAAGUUAGGCAGUUUGACCAACAGCAGCCUAUAUGAUUAUGGAAUGUCUCCAAGUAGUCGGGGUGCAUUGGCUAGUUUUUCUGUCAGUCCACUUGGGUCAACAUCUUUAUCUGAGGUUGCUAGAUUAAGAGAAGAAGUUGCUGGUAAUAGAAGCAAGCUGGCGUCAUGUGAGGAAAAAGUUACUCAAGCUCUAGGUGUUUGUGAGGCUUGGCAGCGAGAAGCAGAAGAGGCAAAUAGAAAAGCAAAUAUUGCCGAACAACAAAGAGAUGAGGCAAUGAGCCAGGCCAAAGCUUUGCAAAAGGAGGUAGACUUAUUACAGGGGUCUCCUUACCUGCACGGUUUAAGAAGAGUAUCUGAACUGAAAUCACUUCCCCUCACCACAUUAAAAUCAAUACAGGCUCAGCUUAGAAGUGAUUUGGAACAAGUUGACAAGGAGCUUUAUUUGCAGACAGCGACAAAAUGCAUGGUGUGUGAGGAACGAAAUCGAACAGUGACCCUAGGGCCGUGUAACCACUAUGUUUUGUGUAGUACCUGUGCUCCAGGUCAGAAGGAUUGCCCAUAUUGCCAGACUCCUAUAGUGGCACACUCAACUCCUACUACAACUGCGUUACACGCCUAAAACUGUUUUAAAGACUGAAACAAAUUUUUUUAUUUUAUUAUGAAUCUAUUAGACUACCUUAGAUAUGAACAAUCAUUAUGCUUAAGUCUAUAAUACGUCAUCUUUUGUAAUUUGUAUACUUUAUAUAGUGUGUUAAGUUUAUUAUCUAAAGACUUCUAUUAAUUUGUAUAUAUACUUAUCUUUUCUUAUUUAUUUAUUGAUGAAAAUCUCGACUAUAGAAUUUUUAUUAUUGUGAAAGAUUUAAUGAAGAGAAAUUCUCAAUUUUCAUGAAUUGACUACUCGAAUGUUUUAAUUUCUAUCACUCUCUAGUAUUUGAACCUGAAUUCUCCCAAUCACAUAUUUUCAAACAAGAAAAAAGAAGCAGAAGAAACACUGUAGAGGAAGUACAUAUAAUGAAAAAUAUAUUAUUGGUAAUUGACUCUGAUGAAAUUUAUCAUCUUCUCCUAUAACACAAGUAAGAUAUGGACUCAAAGAAAUAAAUUAUAGUGUUAGUGGUUAAUAAACUGUAUUGGUCAUAUUUUCAGAUAUGAUGUGCCACCAAUGUGAAGACAUAUUUUAGGCCUACUAUUUAUUAGUGGCAAGUGAUUUUAAGGUUAAAAAAGGAAAAAAAAAGAAAAAAAAAAAGGACUUAUUUUUCAAUUGUAUUGCUCUAGUGUGAUUGUGUUGCGUGCAUUUGCUUAAACAGAUUUUAUAGUGUUACCGAAUUAGGCAAGUUUGAUUGAUAUUUUGUUUGUUUGAUGAUUCGCUGAUACUCAAGUCAUCCAAUUUUUUUAUUAUUAUUUUUUUUUUUUUUUUAUGAAAUAUUCUUUCUCUAUACUAAAAAUUGAUUUAAAAACAAUAAAACUUGCCUAAUAUAAUUGUUUUAAGUUUAUGUUGUUAAAUUAUUUUAGAAUUAUUUAAUAGGCUUUAAUUAAUUAAAUACUGUUUAAACUUCACAGUUAAAUUUUUAAUGUUUUUUUAAACUAUUAUCAGUCCUUAUUUUUUAUAUAUUUAUAAGGAUUUGAAUCAUCGUGUUCCUUAUUUUAAUUGCAAAAUUAUGUAUCAGACAAAAAAAAAAAAAAAAAUAGUUAUUUUAUCAUUGUUUUUAAAAUAUAUGUAUGUGUGCGCGUGUAUAUGUACAUACAUAUCCAUGAAAUGUAAAAUUAUUAUUGUUUCUAUGAAUUUUAUAUAAUUGGUGAAAUAUAAGUUAAAAUUUUAUUGAACCUAUUUUUUUAGUAAUGUUAAUAUGUUAGGUGUAUGAGGGCCAAUGGAGACAACUUACUUCUUGGUUUACUUUCACACAUACAUACAUACUCACAUAUGUUUAUGUUAUUUUUUUAAAUUGUACAAUCAAAACUUUUAAUAUUUUCAAGUUAUAACUGUAUUUUUGUGAAAAAAUUAUUCUCUGAGAGGUUAAAAAAGCUGGGUAUUUUUUCCAUUUAGUUAAAAUUACAAAUUAUUAAAAUCUAUAGUAUUUAAAACAAUAUGUUUGACUUAAUGAAUAAAUCCCUAAAAGGUAUUUUCAUAUUCUUAUAUACCACUACAGCCCAUGAAGGUUCAGUACUGUUUAGGGAAAGUACUGUUUCUAGGUCAACGGUUGUGCAAGGAGGUGAUCUGACCGAGAUCAUGCUCAACCGCCAGGUUUUCCCCCUUAAUUAAUUAUUUAAUCAAUUAUAGAGGCUGGGCUGGGUGUGCCCCAGGAGGGACUCCUGACCCAAGGUCGCCCCACGGCCAAUGAAACAGAUAAAUAAAAUUUCUGCCAUGAGCUGGGGUUCGAACUCGGGACCUUUGCAUUGGAAGCUCAGUACCCUACCACUGAGCUACCCCGCUCCCAUUCUUAUAUCCAAACACCCCUCUAUUCUUGAAGUGAUUCUAGCAAAGUUGGGUUUCUAUUUCUCUCUUUAAAAUUGUCCUCUUUUUAAAAUUAUAUUAAAGAGAUAUACUAUUCCUUUUACUCACUUAUGUGUCAUUUUGAUAUAUAAAUGUUAUUUUGAUAUCUCCCACAGAAAAUGUGCCACUUUUUUAUUUUUUGCCUUUUGUUUUGUGUUCUUUUUACAGCCCAACAAUCUUAGAAUUAUUGAUUUGGCCUGUUUGGAAAAAGCAUUUAUUUUAAUUAGUAUUGAAGAAAUGCCAAUUCCUUUCGCUGAAAAUAAUUUCAGGAAAGAUUUACAGUAUUAAAAAAGAAAAUAUUGUCAAUCGUAUUUUAGCUAAUAUUAGUUUACCACAUAUACAUUAUUUGAAAUUUGCUUUAUGAGAGCAUGUAUUUACUCUUUAAUGAAUACUUAUUUAACUAUUAUAAAAAAUAUGGCUCAGUGUGUUAAUAAAAUCAUUCUUAUUGCUUAAGAAAUAAAAAAAAGAACUUUGAUAGUAAGACUUUAACAACAAUAUAUGAAAACUAAGAGCACAAGAAUUUGGGGAAAAAAAACAUAUAUUUUUUUCUUAUUUUAAAUAGGUCACCAAUUGAGUUUUACUGUUUUCUUUAGUCUCCAAUCUUUAACUUCUGUUAUGAUCUAAAAGAUGAAUUCUUUUUACUAUGUAAUUUCUUAAUUGCCAGUAUACAGUAGUCAACACAAUGGGUGAAAAUGCCCAUUCUGUUUUUAAUGUACUUGGGAAUGGAAACAGUAUUUAUUUUAUUUAUUACCUUACUUAAAUUGUGGGUCCAUUCUUUGUAAUUGAAAUAAAUUUUUUUGAAUAAAUGAAUUAUUUUUAAAUCCUUAUAAACACAUGUUCUGCAACAUGCACUGAAAAUAAAAUUUUUCCUUAUGACGCACAAUGUUUAGUAUAAAUCUGUAAUUCUUAAAUAUUUUAAUGUUAAGAAUGAGUCUUGAUAUUUUUUUUUAACGCAUAUGAGGCCAGUGGCAUAAUAUUUACAUUAUUGGAAUAUCUCAAUUUAGUUUAGACCCUAUGUGUAUAUAUCAGGUAUUCAAAUCAAAAUUAUUUGUGUAGUUAUACAUUAAUUGUAAUUAUGAAAGUCAUACCAUUUCAAUCUUAUACAAAAUAUUUAAUUUUUAUUUUAAAAAUAUAAUAUAUAUUAACACUUGUAUUAUCUGAAGGUUUGGAAUCUGAUAUAAAUUUCUGGAAUCAUAAUAACCUUCAAACUUCUAUGUAUUCAUUAUUUAUUUAUUGCUUUGGAAUUUUUACCAAUAUUAUUUUCUUAUUUUUUCCCCUUUUAAGAAAUAAAUUUAUUAUUGAUUCAAUUGUUUAUUUGUCCCUUUUUUGAUUUUAUCAUUAGUUUUAAAAAUAAACUUGUCAUUAUUUAUAUCAUGAUGUUCACUACUUAUUACAUUUUAUGAAAGUUAAUAGAAUAUAAGGAAACUUGCCAACAACAUAGUAGAAAUAAUGACAUGUUUAUUUUUAAAAUAAUGAUAAAAUAAAAAAAAGAACAAAGAAGCAAUUGAGUUUAUAAUAAAUAUAUUUUAAAAAAAGAAAAAAUAUAAAUAAAAAUUACAAUGGAAUGAGAUUGAAAAUAAAUAAAUAAAAAGUUGAAUGUUUUUUGAAAAUCCAUCCAAAAUGUCAACAAAAAUUCAUUGAUGAAUAAAGAAAUGUGUGAAAGUUUAAAUAUUGAUAUGCUUCCAAAACUUUAAUCUUAUAUCAUUUAAAAUAUUUUUAAAAUUAGUAUUAUAAGUUAUAAAACAUUUAAUAUGUUGUAAUAAUAAAACAGUUUAAUAUGGUUGAUUCAUUUAACUCAUUUUUGUUUCUUUAAGCUACAUUCAAAACACAAUCUUAUAUAACAGUGUGAGCAGAAAAUAAAUUCAUUCGGUCUGUAAUUUAUCUCCACCUUUACAGAAAAGAGAUGUGUGUAUGUGUAUAUUAGUAACUGUUUACUGGUGAAUAACUAGGAAAUACUCAGUGUAUCAUGGAAUUAGUAAUUUAUACGAUGCUUGUGAUUAUAAACUUUUUUUAUAUUAAUAAAUUAUAAGUUGAUAUGAUUUUUAUGUAAUGAUUCAUAAAUGUGGUUAAAAUUCUAUAUUGAAUUGAAAAGUAUGUUAAAAAAAAUAUUUUCAUUAUUGGCGGCAUACAAUGUAGUGUAGUAUGUAAAACAUACCAAAAAAUUAUUUUAAUCAUUAAAAAAAUUAUAUUUUAUUUCAAUGUAUAAUGCUGAAGUUUUAAAGCAGUAUUUAAUUUUAUUCUGAGAAAAAAAUUGAUUAUUUGGGAAAUCAGAAAUAAAUCUCAUUGAAUAAAUUUUAAUUGGAUUAAAACUUAAUAAUCAUUAAAAACAUUCCAAGAAUAUGUUUUAUCAAUUAUAAGUCAAAAUUGUUUGGAUAUACAAUGGUGACUGUCAGCCACUUAAUAUUAUUUACUUAUUAUGGAAAUAGUUCUGCAGCAUUAUCUGCAGUUUGGAAUCACUAAAGUGUUUAAAAAUUGUAUUUUAAUCAAUGCAUUUUGUUAAGUUAUACUUGUCAAAUGUGCACAUGACAAAGAUUUAUUUAUUGUCAAUAAUUAAUGUUAAAGUUGGUAAGAGUUAGAUACUUUUGUUAUUAUUUUUAUUUUGUCAAUGAACAAACAUGUUUUAUGUAUAAUUUAUAUUUCAGUGUAGCUAGUAGGUUAUCAAAUUGCAAUAAAUCAGAAUCGUAUUAUUUUCUUAUUUUUAUUUAUAGUUGUUAUUGUUUAAAAGUUUUUAUCUUGGUUGAAUGAGAGGUACUGCAUCACAUUCAUAAAAUAAUGCUUAGUAUGCAUUACAAAAGUAAAUAUUUUUUGUAGUUGAUAAUAUUGAUCAAAUAGUUACAUUCUGAUACUGGAUCGUUUUAUUAUUUUUAAGUAUAUAACUUUUAAUGAAAGUUUUUGGCAUUUAAAUGAAGACUAAUUCUGAUAUAUAAUAAAUGUAUUUAUGUAUCAGAUGAGAUAUAUUUCCAUUUGUAUUUUUACAUUUUGUACUUUUAUGCUUUUCAUAAACUUGAAAUAAUAUUUUAAGUAGAUUUUAAUUGUUUUUAUACUCUGGUUUUAUUUCAUUAUUUAACUUAUUUCUGAAAUGAAGUUAUAUUUAUGUUAAAGACUUUUUAAUUUUAUAUAAUUUCCUCCCUGAUUUUGUUUAAGUUGUCAAAUAAAUUGAUAUUUAUGUA